AUAUGGCUUACCAUUUCCAUGCAAAACAUUGAAAACUCUUCCUUUGCUUUCUCUUUCUCAAGCUGUCCAUUUUUUUUUUUUUCUCUAACAAAGUCAUGACUUCCUCUUCCCCAAGUUUUCCCUCAACAAGUGCAAAUAUGUUUGUGAGUUUUCUUGCAAUGGGUGUUUUGGUGGUGGCUGCGGUUGGUAACUUCAAUCAAGAUUUUGACAUCACUUGGGGUGAUGGUAGAGCAAAGAUUCUUGAAAAUGGCCAGCUUCUCACCCUUUCUCUUGACAAAACAUCUGGUUCAGGGUUUAGAUCAAAGAACCAAUACUUGUUUGGUAAAAUUGAUAUGCAGCUCAAGCUAGUUCCUGGAAACUCUGCCGGAACCGUCACUGCUUACUAUUUAUCUUCCCUGGGGUCAGCCCAUGAUGAAAUAGACUUUGAAUUCCUUGGUAACCUUAGUGGAGACCCUUAUAUUCUCCAUACAAACGUAUUCACCCAAGGAAAAGGAAACAGAGAACAACAGUUCUAUCUUUGGUUUGAUCCCACCAAAGACUUCCACACCUACUCUGUUCUUUGGAAUCCUCAAAGCAUCAUUUUCUACGUGGAUGGGACUCCUAUUAGAGAGUUCAAGAACUUGGAAUCAAAUGGCAUAGCAUUUCCAAAGAGCCAACCAAUGUGGAUAUACUCUAGCUUAUGGAAUGCCGAUGAUUGGGCCACAAGGGGUGGACUUGUGAAGACAGAUUGGAGCCAAGCACCUUUCACAGCUUCCUAUAGGAACUUCAAUGCUCAGGCCUGCAUUUGGUCCUCAGGCUCUUCCUCUUGCUCCUCCAAUUCCUCAAGCAAAUCAUGGCUUACACAGUCUUUAGACACCACAGGGCAAGCAAGAAUCAAAUGGGUGCAACAAAACUACAUGAUUUACAAUUAUUGCACUGAUACAAAGCGCUUCCCUCAAGGACUUCCCCCUGAGUGCUCACUUGCUUAAAUCUCUUGUACAUAGAGAUGGUCUAUUCUUUUGUCUUGUUAAUGAUAUGAUGAAUAAAUUGUGGGAUAAAUUAUUAUUUC